GCCUCAUCUAGCCUUGUGUUUUGCAAAGAGUUGCCCCGCCGGUGCUCAUAGGAGACAGGGAGUUGUACUGGUGCUGCUUGUGAUCCUUCUGUUCAGACCGACCCGAUAUGGUCAAAUUCCACCAAGACCAUCGCAAAUCUUGUGGAUCGAUGCAAAUCAGGGUGCAGCAAACCAUGGGUUGACUCACAACAAGCAGGCGUCACCAGCCUCAGCCUUUAUCGUUCACCGAUGGUCACCAUUUUGCCAACGUUCCUGAUAGAUUGGCCAGACUUUGUGACGCGGGGUUUAUGAGCAAGGAUUUUGAGUUCACAGUGGACAUCGUUUUCCUUGGUUCCAGACGGCAGUUGCAGCUUUGUGUUGAAGGACUCUGACCUUGUGGGAGAUGUGAAAGCCCGCCUUCGGGAAUUGGGUCAUGAGCCUGUGAAGCUCCUGUUUCAUGGCUCAGCCCUUCCAGAUGUUCGGACUUUGGGCUCUCUCGGUGUCGGCCCAACCGCCGAAGGCGUCAUACCAUCAUUGUAUUGUUUAGAGGCAGGUGCAGAAACAUCAGAAGCUCGUGUUGCCAAAGAGGACCGGGAGAAGAGAGUGCUGCAGGUCGUGAACCUUUCAGGUGGCUCAAUUCACCUCUCGGUGAAAGAGUGCGAUACCGUUCGGCUGGUAAAGCAGUCACUGUCGAAAACUGUGAGCCUUCCAGCCGACCACAUUUCCUUGCUCUACGAGGGAAUGGAGCUGACCGAUGAUAUUGUAUUGUUUGACAAUGCCAUUUCCUCUGUGUUCCUUUUGGAGCGAGAGUCAUCCAGCACAAGUGAUGCAGAGCUGCCUGCUGUCAACCUUGUUCCGAGUGAGCCUAACAUUGCAGGGGGGCUGCUUGACCGCCGGAUUGAUGGCUUGUGGUUUCGUGCAAAGGUGCAAAGGAUGCACGUCCUGAACGAGACCUGCACGGUUGAUAUUCAGUACCUUGAUGACGGAAAUGUUGAACUUGGUGUGGAGUUGUCAGAAUGUAGAUUCUUAAACUGGCCGCCGGAUUGAUGCAAGCAGCCGGAAGGGGAACUGCAAUUGGCAAUAGAAGUUGCAACGAAUGUCUUGUCGUCCUAAGCGGGCCUGCCGCCAGAUUGAUUCCAAGCUACUACUGCAAGCUCAGACACAGUGGCUGGCACCACGCCAGCCAUCCGGCUUCGUUGUGACCAGAAGUUGAUCAGAGAAAACCCGGUCACAACGCUGGAUUUCUGACUCAACGUGUGAUUCGAUAUAGAUCCUCGUCGUCGUGCACUCCAUGAUUGUUAAGAGUUAUGAUAUAGCUUUGGUCAACGCAUCGGAACAAAUCGUUCACUUAAAGUUGCUGUGCACGCCCGUGG